AUAUGAGCGACACUCCGACGGAGGCCCUCAAAGAUGCCAAGAAGUCUUCCAAGGUCGCCGUCAACCCCAAAUACACGGUCACGAAGCACGGAAUGCUCAACAUCGCCGAAGUGUGCGCGGCAGUGGCAUCGGUCGUCUGCGUGCUACUGUCUGGCAGCGAGCAGACGGCGUCGCGGGUGACACUGAUGGUGUCGUUCGCCUUCGCCUACGUGUCCUCGGUAAUGCUGCUGGGAGGCAUCUCGUCGCCCUACACUCAGGCCUACCUCCCGCUCUCUCUCUACUUCCUGCUGUACCACCUGGUGGGCAGCGGUUUCUUUCUGAUCACUUCCGGCUGGCUCCUGUCCGUCGCGAAGAAAGAGGUCCUCGACAAAGUGGCUGCGGGAUUGGGCCUCGGAUCGGGUGUGGUGCACUUCCUCCACGGCCUGUACACGUUCGCCACCGUCUUCAAUCAGCCGGUAGCGAAAAGCGCCGGAGGACAGUGAAUUCGGUCCUGCAGACCCAGGUUGCUUCCGGUGUCGCGCGGUGCUACGAAAUAUAAAACUGUUAAUUUCAAGGAUGAAACGAUAAUUAAUUCUCUCGAGACAUACAAUGUCUUCUGACGUGGCAUCCGCGUUCGUAUAUUAAAAAUAGCAGCGAAAACUCGAACAAGAACUGCGAACUGUAUAUAUAACGCGAUAUCAUGUAUACACGAAAUAAAGAGUAUGCAACAAUGUGCCGUGUGUGUAAUCAGAUUCGUUCGAUGAUCGACGUUGCUUUUAUUUUUAUUUUUUUGCUCAGUCUGCUUCACAAUUUUUGAAUCGUUUUUCUACACAUUUACGUUCUACGCUUGAGUGGGAAUAGGCCCUUUUCAAAAGUCAGAGUCCACUUGUGCCAGUCCAAAAAGCUCCAAUAUUGCCGCUCUAAUGACGGUGAUAGAAGAUCAUGCGCAGCUAAAUAGCGCCCUCGAUUUCGUGCGUCGAAGGUAACGUGGAA